GGAAUGAAGAAAAUUGGGAUCUCAUUAAAUUAGCAAUGAAUAAUCAAUUAAAUAAGCGAAUGGAGAUUUACAAAGAUUGGUUGGGCUAUAACAUUGAAUUGCUUAAACAGAUAUUGGAGUCUCGAGCAUCACCUUGUGAACCUUCGCUUUGGUUUCUGUCACCUGAUUGCGCUCAAUUAGCUGCCAACACUUUUUCUGUUCCUAUCGCUAUUUUUGACGAGAGAAAUGAACAGAGUAUGAUGUUUUUUCCGUUAGAGACACCACCAGUGCAUCGAAGAAACCCAAUUAUUUUACAUUUUAUAAAUGGAAAUCAUAUUAUAUAUGUAGGUAUGAAAAGUUACGUGAAGGUUAAUUGGCCAGUGGUUAACGUUCAGCAUACACCAAUAUGUCGCAAAUAUGGUCUUGAAGAUCACUGGUCAAACCUUUUCAU